GCGGGAGAAGCUUGAAUAUUAAGGCCGCGGCGGUACUUUAUUUUGCUGGCGGAAGGUGCUGUGUCGGCUCGGGGGUUCGCACGGCCGGGAACUGUGUGCGCGUCCUCGCAGCGCUGUGAGCUCUGGCUUGGAAGUGCCCCACCCAGUGCCCAGUUUCACCCCCUAUGUGGACGAGUCAGCUCAGCCACAAAUGAUUUGUUCAGCAGAUCGUAGCCAGAAAGUGCCCAUCAACCUCUUGCUGUUCGUAAUCCUGUGGAUGCUCUGAGUGCCAAGGAAAGCACAGCAGCAGCAGCAGGAGCCUGUGAUGAGCUGAAUGGAAUUGAACGUUUGAGUGAGGAUGCAAUUGUGACCGGCUCCUACAAGAACAAGACCCUUUGUGCCAACCCAGAGGACACGUGUGACUUUAACAGGGCUGCCCACCUGGCCUCAACGCCCUUUCACGGGGUGGUAGCUCAGAGAGUCCCAGCUCCUGCUUUCUCUCAGAGUGAACUGAAGGAAGAUAGUCCAGAAUCCAAGGGUGCACCUCUGAAUCAGGAGACACCAGUGGGUGAAGGAGCAUACAGUGAAGCGUUGAGAGCUGUAAGCGGCGUGCAGAGCUGCAAAGGUCGAGACUUAAAAUUAAGGAAGUGAGCCACUGGGGACGAUGGGAUCUCAAGUAUCAACCAAGGGAAAAGCUAAAGUGUCAGCAGAAGAAAAAGCUAUAGUGGAUGUAUGGACCCUUAUGUUGGACCGCCGAGGGAUGAAAUGUGAUAAAAAGGCUCUGCAUACGUUAUUGCAGUGGUGUAGGAACCAUGGGGUAGAUGCCACCAUAGAAGCUGCAUUUAUUGUUAAAAACUGGGAACAGGCUGGUGAAUUGAUUUUUGAAUCAGCCUCUCGAGGCGAUGAGACUGCUAAAAAUAUUAUGACUACCUGGAGGCUGGUGCUGGAUACCUUGAAACUGCUGGAACUUGAGCAAAAUGCAAAAACAGCAGCUGAAGCACCACAGGCUCCACCUGCCAAGACACCCAGUGAUAGUGGAAGUCAGGAGGGGGCGCCUGGGGGAGUAGGUGCCACAUCGAGUUCACAAGUGGAAAGGACGGACGAAAAACUAGAAGGGAAGCAGCUGUCAUCCGCGCCUACCAUCCCUGCAACUCCGCCCGCACCGUGUGCACCUGCACCCCCACGUCCUGCAUCCCCAGUUACCACAAAGCCAUUCUCUCCUCCUCUGCCUACGGAUGACCGGAGUGAUGAUAAACUUCUGCCAACAGCCCCUCCAGUGCUUGAUAGGUCCAAUCGCAACCAUGGCAUGGAAAUAGGAGCCAGGAGCCAAGCGGCACUUGGUGCUGAGAGUUCCAGCCAGGAGCUGCCAGCACACGGAGUGGCAGGACACUGCACCCCAUCAUGUCCACAGCCAAAGCCUGAGAGGCCCAAGGACCCCCCUCUACUAGUAGAUUUGCAGGAUCCUAACAGGGGAGGCCCAAGUUGUUGCCCCCCUGCUGGCCCUCAGGAGGAUGUUUUUACCACGCAGCCAGUCUCAGCUACUAUCUCAGUAUAUGACCGGGUUAGAUUUUGGCAAUAUGUUAAAUUAGAGGCCAUUGCUAGUGGGGAUCUUGAACUCGCUGAACGACUUUCUGAACCAAAUCCCCGUCUGUUCUUGGAUGGCCAAGAGCUUGUAAGUGGGACAACUGGGGCUACUAUCUCAGCAUACAAUCCGGUUAGCUUUUGGCAACUUAUGAAAUUAAUGGCACUUGCUAGUGAAGAUUAUGAAGUUGCUGAACGAAUUUCUGUACCUACAUUCCUGCGGUCCUUGGAUGACCAAGAGGGACAAAACAAUGGGACUGUGUCCUAUAUAAAAGUCAUCUUUAAAAUUCUCUCCCAGUUACGUCAACUAGCUACCCAACAUGGACUGGGGUCUCCGGUAGUAACAAGGAUGUUACGGCUUCUAGGUGAAUGUGAAAUGACACCCUUUGAUAUCAAGCAGAUAGCGAGGUUGCUCUGUACCCCGAUGGAAUACACGAUGUUUGAGUCCACCUGGCAGCGAUACGUGGAAAAGCAAGCACUGCGUAGUUUAGCGGUGCCGCAGCAAGAUCCAUGCUUUGGGGCAGGGGUCUCUCAGCUUCUGGGAUGGCCUCCCAUAAAUAACCCUCAGUUGCAAGCACGCCUAAAUCCUUGGAUAUUGGCACAGGCAAGAGAUUUAGGAAUACAGGCCCUGAUGGAAGUUGGAAAAAUGGCAUUGGUAACACCAACUCAGAGUUACAUAAAAAUUAAGCAGGGCCCCAAAGAGCCUUAUGUGCAAUUUAUAGAACGAUUAAAAGAUGCAAUUGAAAAGCAAAUAGCAUAUGAUGAUGUAAAAAAUCUGUUGAUACUGGAAUUGGCACGAAGUAAUGCAAAUGAAGACUGCAAGAAAGCUAUAGACCUAUUACCAAGAACAAAUCCAUCCUUAGAUGAAAUGAUUGAUGCAUGUGCUAAAGUUGAAACUGUAUCUUAUAAAAUGACUGUGUUAGCUGAUUCCUUGGCAGCUGCUCUAAGGUCGUGUGAAUGCUAUGGAUGCGGGCAACUAGGCCACAUGAAAGCAAAUUGUCCCCGUAGGUACAACUCAUGGGGAACGUGCCAGAAACGGAGAGCUGUGCCUGUAGUGGGAAACUGUUACCGAUGCGGAAAACCCGGUCAUUUUGCCAAGCAAUGCAAGUCUAAAUUCCACGCUAACGGACAGCCUCUUAGUGGACAGGGAAACAGGAACAAGAGUGCCAAAGGGAAAUGCUUGCAGACACGAGCACCUUCCCGUCUUGCAGUGCAGGCCUAUGCCACCAGCUCACAGGAACAGCAAGAGGAUCAGCUGACAUGGAUGUUUCUGUCACUGGCGUUAUAACUUACAGACUCAUUGAAGGUAUAUAAAAUCCCCCUUGAGGUCCAUGGGCCUACUGGGGAAGGAUUAAGUACAUUAUUAUGAGGAUGAUCAAGAGCAAUGUUACAGGGGUUUUUUUUUGUCCACCCUGGAGUUAUAGAUACAGACUAUACUGGACAAAUCUGUGCUAUGGUAUCAACACCUACUCCUCCUGUACCCAUUCUAGCUAAAAGUUGUAUUGUUCAACUUGUACCUUUUAAGUCUUGUGUUCCUUAAACAGACUCAAAGCUGUGAGGAAACUGAAACUUUGCAUUGACAGGGGAACCUGAAGUGUGCUGGACUCAGGUCAUAUCUGAUCGAAGACCAGACGUGGUUUGUACUCUUACAAUGCCUCAGGCAAAUGCAUCCCACAUCAAGGUCAGUGGGAUGAUAGAUACUGGAGCAGAUAUUAUGAUCAUAUCUGCUAACACAUGACCUCAGUCAUGGCCCACCAUCGCUGUAGAGUCUGUUGUUGCUGGCCUUGGAGGUACUACACAAAGUUACUUGAGUAGUAAGCCUGUGUUAGUUAAAAAUCCAGAAGAACAGACAGGCACGAUCCAUCCCUGUGUUACAACUGUGUUGCUCACCUAUGGGGAAGGGAUGAUGUCCUGUCAGCAUGGGGUGUUUAGCUGGGAACAGAUUUUUAACAGGGGCCACUGUGCUGAAGGGCAUAAAGCAUCCUACAUUAGCCUUGAAAUGACUCACUGAAGGACCUGUGUGGGUCGAUCAGUGGCACCUUGAAAAAGAAAAACUGAACACUCUUUAAUUGUUGGUUAAAGAGCAAUUAAAUCAAGGACAUAUUGAGCCAUCAACAAAUCCACGUGUUUGUGAUUAAAAAGAAAUCAGGCAAAUCGAAGUUAUUCCAUGACUUAAGAAAAAUUAAUACAGUUAUGGAAAGUAUGGGUGCUUUACAGCCUGGAAUGCCAUCCUCUGCUAUGAUACCUGCUACUUGGGACAUUUUGAUUGUCAAUUUAAAAGACUGUUUCUUUACCAUUCCUUUACAUCUUGAUGAUAUCCCAAAUUUGUAUUUACAGUGCUCUCUGACAAUCAUGCAGCAAAGAAGGCCUUUUACAGAUUCAGCCAAAACUGAUGCAGCACUGCAAGAGUUCCGGUUGCACAUUGCACCUGCAGAGGUGCAACAACAACCCCCAUGGAAAUAUAUAGGAGUUAAAAUGUUAGAUCAGACAAUACAACCACAAACAAUUAAAUUUUCAACCAAGAUCCAAACAUUAAAUGAUGCACAAAAACUUUUAGGUAUCAUCAGCUGGGUAUGACCCUAUUUAAGGUUAACUACCCCACAUUUAUCACCCUUGUUUAAUAUUCUUGAAGGUGACCCUGAGUUAACUUCCCUAGUGUUCUGGUUUAGCAUAGCUUAUUUUUUAGUUAAAACCUGUUUUGCCCUCCUCCUAAUCCUUAUCUCACAACAGAAAAUGAGUAAAUAAUUCUAGUGGGUGCACUGGCAUUUGGCCAGUGCUAGACCCAUUUCAUUAAUUGGUGCAUUGGCCAGAAAACUUGGAUUGGCAAACCAAAACCAUUACACUUAAUUGGUGUUUCUGCCUGGUUACUGAAACCACUGCAUCUUUUGGUGGAGAAUACACACAAUUGGUGAAAGCUGUGAGAUAAUUAGGAGAAAUAAAGGGCAAAGCAAGUAUUCAGCAAUAAGUUUAAAUAGAAUGAUAGUGGAAAAUUUAUAUUGUAGUUAUAGUGAAAUGUUUAGGGAUGGAGGUUAGUGUAAGAAAUUUUUUCCUUCUGUUUAGUUUAAUAAUUUUUAUUGUUCUAAGUAGAAGUUGUAUGUUGAAUGUAGCUUUGAUAGAUUUUAAAUGUGUAUUCACAGAGACAAGGGGUGGAGAAUGUUGUGGUUUAACAUAGCUUGGUUUUUAGGUAAAGACAAAAUCCAUCAGUUAUGGAAGUGAUUCUCUGUGAGGACUGCUAAAAGCUUUCUCUGGGCCCAUCAGAACCAAUCAUCUGGCUAGUUUUGAAUAUUGACACCGCGUUAAAACACUUAAGGAAGCUGAACACGUCCCUGUGUAAUCACAUUUAAAAAGAAACAAAACCCAGGAAAAGCUGUCUUGCUUCCAACUUUUGAGAAGGUAACUGGAUGCUGGUGAGGCCAGGCUGCACUUCACCACAUGGCCCACAUGACCUGGCAGGGCUGGGCCAGGCCCUGCUCUGCUGCAGUGCUAGCCACACCAUUAAAUUGAUAAUGGCCCUGCCUGUAUCUCAGAGAAAACUCAUCAAUUCUUGCAAUUGUGGGGCGUGUCACAUCUCACUGGCAUUCCUCAUUGCCCUACAGGCCAAGCCAUUGUUGAGCUUGCCCAUGGCACUUUGAAGUGCAUUCUUGAAAAACAAAAAGGGACAAUGUCUAGAGAAACCCCACAAAGUAGGGUGGCCAAAGCUCUGUAUACACUGAAUUGCUUUAUGAUAUUGCCAAACUUCCAAAACCCUCUUAUUUUAAAUAUUUUUUUGUCAUUGCAGUCCUCUAGUGACGUCCAGUUGCCCAAGCCUAAGGUAUGGGUAUGGGACCUCAUUACCAACAAGUGGGAAGGUCUGUGGGACCUUGUCACUUGAUGCACAGGUGUGCUUGUGUUCCUACAGAUGCAGGAAUUCGAUGGGUACCUGCCCAGUGCCCUGCUCUAGGCUCUGCUCUGGAUCCCAACCAGCAGCGCCCCCCUGAGGGCCCCUCAGCUGACGCUGUGGAACAGAAACAGUGUUUGGGUAUCAGUUGCUCCGUGCAUUGAGUCAGAUGCAAUUUUGUGUGUCUGUGGCACAACCAGAACAACCUUUUCACACCUGCUUAGUGGGGGUACCCUUGAAUGGCACACAAAGUAUACAAGUAACACAAAAUGUUGUCAAAAUGUGAUGCUCUCCCAGAACAAUUGUAAUACUAAAUCCCCUUAGGGAACUGUGGGAUGUUUGGGAUGACAAUUUACCUGUUGCUUCACUUGAAUCCCAAGAGUCAGACAUUUUAGGGACAUUAUCAGCAGAAGGAUGUAUAUUUUGUAAUUACACACUGGAACAUGGUAUGUGGGACAGAAUUGGAACAGGAAAGCAAAAUGUUACUCCCAAGAGUUUCUGGAUUAAAUAGAUUGGCUUGCUAUGUAGCCGAAAGAGUAAAUGAAACUUCCUCAAUUUUGAGUGCUAUGGCUAUAGAUGUAGGUAGCAUGCAGCAUGCUGUUGAUUUUCUUUUGUUAGCUCAUGGACAUAGUUAUGAAGAGUUUGAUGGCAUGUGUUAUUUGGAGGAGUUUCUGGGAUGGAUCACUGGCUGGAAGAGUUAGGUUUAUCAGGCUGGGCGAAGAGCCUCAUUCAAACUGGGCUUAUCGUUUUUUGUAUUACCAUAAUUAUUUUGUACAUUGUGCCAUGUUUGUUUUCCUGUCUGCAAAGAGCUCUGAGAGGAUGAUAAAGAUCACCUUUGUAGCUGAAAUACAAAAAGGGGGAACUAUGAUGGCAAACAGCUGGCCUGAAGGCCUCACAGACACAAAGUAACCUUGACCUUGACUUGAUCAGCCAGUACCUGUGAGAAAAGGAAGUCUUUAAGGAAGGCUUUUUCUUCUUUAAGGAAGAAAACAAUGAAAAGCUGAAGGACUUAACUGCAAGGAAUGGAUGCUGGCCAAUCUUUGGCCAGCACAUAUGGAGGUAGCUAUUGGCCAGUGAGCUGGGUGGCAACAAGUGACCAGCCAAUUGGGAUUGAAUGUGCUGCUUUUGAAAACCAUAUAAAUAUGAGCUGUGAACAAUAAAGAUCACUAUU